AAACAAAACAAACUAUUAGAACCAAAGUACACACCCAGAAGCAGACACACCACCAGACUCCCCACAAACUGCAGCAAUGCUCCUAAAUUACUUAGUGGAAUACCUGGAUUUGAAAACUUAUCUUAUAGGAUUUUUUAUUUUACUACUACUUCUUGAUAUCUACAGCAAUAAAAGUCCGUUCAAUUUCCCUCCAGGACCACGGCCCCUGCCUUUUGUAGGAAACAUUUUCACUGGAGUUGACUUCAAGACAAUUGAUAAGCUUGCUGAGAAGUAUGGAGAUGUUUUCAGCCUGCGUUGGGGAAGUGAGAAAACUGUGUUUGUCUCAGGAUAUAAAAUGGUGAAGGAAGCUCUUGUCACUCAGCCAGACAGCUUUGCAGAUCGUCCUGUUAUCCCUCUCUUUAACAAUUUUUUUAAGGGACUUGGUGUAGCUCUCAGUAAUGGGUACCUGUGGAAAAACCAGAGAAAGUUUGUCAUCACGCACCUGCGUCACUUUGGUGAAGGGAAGCAGGUCUUAGAGCUGAGUAUCCAGCAGGAGAGCAUCUUUCUGUGUGAUGCCUUCAAAGCAGAACAGGGUCCUUUUGAUCCUCAGUUUUUCCUGAACAACGCAGUCUCAAACAUCAUCUCUGCACUAGUUUUCGGCCAUCGCUUUCAAUAUCAUGACGAGAAAUUCCUGAAUAUCUUGUGUUUGGAUGCUGAAGCGAUCCUUUUAUCAGGUUCUGCCCGAUCUCAGCUGUACAAUGCAUUCCCUCGCCUCUUUGAUUACCUUCCCGGCCCCCACAAGACGAUUUUCGCCAACUACACAAAAAUACUAGAGUUCUUAAAGGAAGAAAUAAGAAAACACAAGGAGGACUGGGAUCCCUCAAAUCCUCGUGAUUACAUCGACAGUUUCCUCGUGGAAAUGGAAAAGAAAAAGAGUGAUCCCGAAGCCGGAUUUAAUGUUGAUACUUUAUUGGUUGCAAUGCUGGACUUGUUCGAAGCGGGGACAGAAACCUCAGCCACUACACUGCGCUGGGGUCUUCUCUUUAUGAUGAAGUACCCUGAGAUACAGAGUCCUUUUGAUCCCCAGUUUUUCCUGAACAACGCAGUCUCAAACAUCAUCUCUGCACUAGUUUUCGGCCAUCGCUUUGAAUACCACAACGAGAAUUUCCUGAAUAUCUUGCGUUUGGAUGCUGAAGCGGUCGUUUUAGCAGGUUCUGCCCGAUCUCAGCUGUACAAUGCCUUCCCUCGCCUCUUUGAUUACCUUCCCGGCCCCCAUAAGACAAUUUUUGCCAACUACGAAAAAAUAAUAGAGUUCAUGAAGGGAGAAGUAAGAAAACACAAGGAGGACUGGGAUCCCUCAAAUCCUCGUGAUUACGUUGACAGUUUCCUUCUAGAAAUGGAAAAGAGUGAUCCUGAAGCUGGAUUCAAUGUUGAUACAUUAUUGAUUGCAAUGCUGGACUUGUUCGAAGCGGGGACAGAAAGCGCAGCCACUACAAUGCGCUGGGGUCUAUUCUUCAUGAUGAAAUACCCUGAGAUACAGAAGAAAGUGCAGGACGAGAUUGAUAAAGUGAUCGGACAGUCACGCCAGGCCAGCAUCGCUGACAAAACCAACAUGCCCUACACUGAAGCUGUUAUUCAUGAGAUUCAAAGGAUGGGAAACAUUGUGCCUUUGGGUUUCCCAAAAAUGGCCACUAAAGAUACUGAACUGGGCGGAUUCUUCAUUCCAAAGGGCACGGCAGUGACUACAAACCUGUCAUCUGUGCUUAAUGACAAGAGUCAGUGGGAAACACCAGACACAUUUAACCCUGGACACUUUCUAGAUGAACAAGGCCGAUUCCUCAAGAAGGAGGCUUUCCUGCCCUUUUCAGCAGGUAGGAGAGUGUGUGGGGAGCAAUUGGCUCGGAUGGAGCUCUUCCUGUUCUUUACCUCUCUGCUGCAGAGCUUCACAUUCUCUCCUUGUCCUGGAGAUGAGCUGAGCUUGGAGGGACAGAUGGGUUUCACAUAUGCACCUAAACCCUUCUGCAUCUGUGUUACCCCACGCUAAAAGCCCAUUAACAAAUAUACAGUACUGUGCAAAGGUUUUAGGCAGGUGUAAGAAAUUAUGUUUA